AUGUCGCCUCCUGCUGUCAUGUACUUCAUCCACUCUACUUGCUUUGAAAGGGCCUCUGAAUAUCAACUAUGUGACUCUGUUUCAUAUUACUUCAAUGAUUUUGAGAGAGUCGCUGCCCCUGGGUAUCUUCCCAAUGAACAAGAUAUCCUUCAGUCGAGAGUGAAAACAACAGGAAUCAUAGAAACUCAAUUUUCUUUCAAGGACUUGAGCUUCAGGUAUUUUUGCACCAGAGGUUGUGAGACCCUUUAAAUCUAUAUUUUACUGGUUGGGCAGAGGACAGGGCGGAAGAAGUGGCUCCAUUGUUUUGAAGGAGUGACCUGUAUUGUCUUCUGUGCAGCCAUGAGUGCUGACAUGGUCCUAGUCGAAGAUGAAGAAGUGAACAGAAUGCAUGAGAGUCUUCACCUGUUUAAGAGUAUUUGCUUUGCUACCACCUCAAUUGUUCUCUUCCUUAAUAAGCAAGAUCUCUUUGAGGAUAAAGUGACCUAUGCCAGAAGUGACCAUCUGAGUAUAUGCUUUCCAGAAUAUGAAGGCCCAAACACAUUUCAACAUGCUGCCAACUACAUCAAGAAUCAAUAUCUAGAACUCGACAGGAAGAAAGAUGUGAAAGAAAUUUAUUCCCACAUCAACAGUGUUACAGACACUCAAAAUGUCAAGUUUGUGUUUGACGCUGUGACAGACAUCAUUAUCAUAGAAAACCUUAAAGACCGUGGCCUCUUCUGA